AAAAAUAAUGGACUAUGCAAAACGAGUAAAACCAUCAUCCACACUGGGCAAGUUUGCUGCACUGGGUUGGCUGUACCUAGUGCAAGGAAUUCCUUAUGGACUGCAGGACAAAUUUAUCCCGUUGCAACUCCGCGCUCGUGGACUCAACUAUUCAAGCGUGGGCGCCGUGAAGGCCGUACUGGUUCCGUGGGUCACGAAGGGCUUGUGGGCGCCGGCGCUGCAGCUUUAUGGCAACCGACGGCGGUGGCUGUUGGCAGCACUGCUGCUCCUGGCUGCUGCCUCCUUUGCCGGCAGUUUGUGCGACGCAGCAGAGGACCUGCCAGCGGUGGUGGUGGUGCUACUGACGCUGAACGCUGCGUGCGCCGUACAGGACGUGGUUGUGGACGGUCUGGCCCUCGUAUGGCUUCAGGACUCUCAUCUCGGGCUGGUCAACUCCAUGCAGGUUGUAUUGUAUAAGGUGGGAAGUUUAUGUGGAGGCGGCGGUCUUCUUCUCCUGCUGCCAUUGACGUCUUGGCGGACUUGUCUUCUGCUGCUGGCGGGCGUCUAUGUGGUCACUGCUCUCUGGGUGCUCAUUUUACCCUCACAACUCGGGCAGAAAUAUUUAAAGCCCAAAGAAAUUAAUCUUGAGCAUGAUGACUUCAGUCCAAAAGUUGAAGCUCGUGGAGAAAAAUCACAGUAUGUAUCUAAAGAUACAGCGAAGAAACGAAUUUCUUCUAAUUUUAGGAAGGAUGCACUCGUAAGCUGUAUUGAUGGAAAAUUUUCAGAAUGCUCGGAAGUCGAGGUAGAAAACCAAAGUUUUCUGUCCAUCUUACGCGCUGUUUUCUCUGCUGAUGGGUCGACUUGGUUAGCUCUGUAUGUGGCUUUGUAUAAGAUGGCAGAAAGAGGUACAUUCAAUAACUUUCCACUGCUCCUGCUGGAUAAAAAUGUGAGUAUGGUCGAGCUGAGUUUCUGGAAUGGUUUGGUGUCGCAAAUGCUAUCCAUUUUAGGAUCUGUGUACGGUGGAAUUGCACUGUCAAAACCAUCAGCUGACUGCAGUUCAAUGCUCUCAUCUCAUUCUUUACAAAGACUAGGGUUGACUUUAUUACAAAGCUACUGCGUAUACGCUCUUCCUUCUUCUAUUGAACCCAAUUCUCUUUUAUUCUACACGUGCAUCUUUUCUUUGUGUUACUUGAGCUUCACAACAGGCGUUAUAUCCACGCUCACCUUCACACUCAUGAUGCGCUAUUCCAAGCGUCUUCAAGAGGAGUUACAAGCGACGCAUUACAGCGUCUUUGCUUCGGUUGAAGUUGCUGGUAAACUCGUUUUUGCAACGACUGCUGGCUACUUGGUCGAUGUCUUUGGAGUACAAAGUGCCUUCCUUCUUUUUUCAAUACUCAGUGCUGUGCCGGUUGUUUUACUUGUUUUUGAGCCUCGUUGCCGUACUUCUGAAAAAAUAAAACGUUGAAUCAUUAUUUGAUGUUCGAACGCGCUCUUUUGUCUAUAAUUAGCCUCAUUAUGAGCAACAGGCGUAUUCAACUCGUAGAUGGGCUGGAUAACCGGCCGACAUAUAUAUUUAAUGUCAAUUCAAAAACAAAAUACGGCGCGUCAUGUUUCAUUGAUUUUAACGAGCCUGGUGUAAAAAUUUUUGGUUUGCUAAGCCUGUUUAUAAAGUAUUAUAUGUAAUUAGUAGGAGUUAUGUCUAGUGGGUUAAAAGUGCCUUUUUAACCUCGGUUUUCACAGCCAUCUGUAUUCUCUGUUUAGUACAAUAAUACUGUAUUGAAAUUUAAAACAAUGUUAGUUGUGAGCCUAAUUUCUCAUUCAUCAACGAUAAUAACCUUUUACUGCCAAUAAUGUACACAGCAUCUGAAGUGCUUGUUGAACUGGUUAUAAAUUGUUGAAUUAUUAUUAUUAUUUAAUCACAAAAUUGUGGCCCGGAUGUUAUUGUUUUCAGUCUUCUCGCUGUCUGUUUGUAUUUAAUCCUCAUCUGAAUUCUUCUCGCUCUGUGACUUUUAACUCAGUUGUAAGCGAAUAUAUUUGAUGCUUGGUGCGUAGAAUAUUUAUUUCCUAGUGAAUGAUCAUGUAAUAUGGGGUUUUAUUGUUAAUUACUAUUUACUAACGUUAUCUAUAUCUUUAGAGGUCUUUUUGUAUUCAAAUGUGUAUCCGGAGUAUCAUCAUUUCAAUAUUUGUCGUGUUUUUCUGUUAAACCGUAAAAUUAUUCAGCAAAAUACCUAGCUUGGGAAGAUAAAGUGUGCGUUAGCAAGUUUAGUUGAUUCAAACUUACCUUCCUGACUAUAUGAAACUAACGCAUCAUUAAUAUAGCCGUAUGAGAAA